AGCAGAGCAACACAGAUGCUGUACCAGCUGAGCUAUAGGGCCUUGACAGCAGCCACGAACACAACCAUCAAAAGAGACAUCUUACUCUGUAUAAAAGAGAACAUCAGAGUUAAUGUUACUGUGCCAAAAAACAGUGAGGAAUCUCAAGAAGUACAGGUUGUCUUUAAUAUCACCUACAAUUAUGGACAGAUAUAUGUAAAUGAUUUUCCUAUGGAGAGAGGUGUUACCCGGAUUAAGUGUCAGGCUUUAAUAUUGGAACCUGGAAACUCUGAUAACCUAUUUGGUCAGAGGCGUUGGGGAAUUGUCAGCGUUCGCAUCCUGUUUCAUGAGGGGCCCUUUGGAUCCAGGUGGAACUUCCACUUGAUUGUCAUACAGGAAGAGGUGACAGAAAUUGAUGGAAAAGAGGUUCAGCAAGAGGAGGUUACUGAAAUUAACAUAUUAAUUAAGGGCCUGAGAAUACUUAAACAUUCAAACCAUACUGUUCCACUGAAAGAAAGCAUGCUGUAUUCCAUCCCUAAGAACCAUGACCUAUUAUUUACACUUCCCAAUCUCUCAGGAAAAGAUAUUCAAAGCCCACUGCAAACAACGAGCCACUACCUCCUCAGGCAAGUAGAAACUACAGUAGAUGAAGAGACGUUACCUGGCAAAUUACCAGAGCCUCCUCUCAGGACAGAACCUCCAUCAUCUUAUAAGGUGAUGUGCCAGUGGGUGGAAUACUUGAGAAAAGAACUGUGUGGGUUCUGGCUUAAAUUUUUUCCUGUGAUCUUUAAGCUGAUGGAGGUCAUUGGGACUGGAGUCAUAGGAGCGGCUCUAGUCUUAGGAAUCUUAAAAGUGCUUUUCCCAUCCUUCGAACACAAAGGAAUUCUUCGCAUGGAGGAUAUCCGUGCUGCACCUGUGGUUGUGAUAAAUCCCUCUCCAGAUAUUCCAGAGAAGACAGAUAAUCUACUGGAGAAAUGACGUACUCAGUACCACGUUCACAUCUGAAUCUUUGUACAAUCUUCAGUUGACCUGAAAUUUGGUACUUGAACUUAAAUAUGUUACUUGCUUUCUAUUCUGAAAAUUGAUCAUCAGCUGACUUAGGUUUAAGAAGGGACAUUUCAAGGUUCAAGCCAAAAAUGUUUCCCUUCUUCCCCAUAGCCUCUUUCUCAAAGAACAGCAGCUUCCUACUACAAGGGUUGUGAUGAAUUUUAAUUUAUUUAAAAUACUCUCCCAAUACCUACAACAGGAAAUGGCCUUCAUAAACACAGAAUGUGAUAAUCUUCAGUCCUCUCAAGCAUGGGACAAAACUAAAAGGAAGAGACUGCACAUGUGCCUACAAUCCAAAACCAAGUUGGUCAACCUGGUUUUAGACCUAUUACCAGUGACUGUGCCUUGUAUAAACAAAUGUUUACUACUAAAAAGUGGUUACUGCAUAUGUAAAAAGGUAUUAAGGCAAUUUUUCAUAUUUCAAGCACUUUAUUCAACAUUUAAUAUAUUAAGCCACUUAUAAAAUGACUUGUUCACUA